AUGGCAGGAGUUUUGUUUGAAGAUAUUUUCGACGUAAAAGACAUCGAUCCUGAGGGUAAAAAAUUCGAAAGAGGUAAGUUUCAACCAAGAAUUUAAUUGUUAAGAAUGGUCAAAUUCUUAAUUCUUACUUUCAAUAAUGUAAAUUAUGAGUCCCAACUUUGCAAAGCUCUACAGCUUGUUUCGUUUCGUUGGACACUCACUGUUCACAUGGUAUCUGAGCUAAACUUCAGAAUACCUGGCCGCUUGUUUGCAUUUCGUUGAACUGAUAAUAAAGGUGCUGUUUGUUUUAUGCCUCAUACUCAAAACCGGUUCUACAAGGCAAUUAAGUGGCUGGGUAUAUUUCUGAUUUUGCUCCACUGUAAAUUCAGAACAGUCUCUCUUCAGGCACGGAUCUACACUGGUUUCCACGGUUUACGGGGAUCGGUCAGAUUUCAAUAAUGAGCGCUGUCAUGUGUUAGGAUGCAUGUGCCAGUCUCCUAUGAAAAUGAGCCUACUCGAUCUCUACAAAUACAUAAGUAUAAUUAUUAGAGAGAUUUAGAGUGAUGUUUAUGGCAAACGGUAAGCGUCAGAUCUAAGUUGAGAAUUUCUCAAAAUGGAAAAUGGGCAAGUUACUAAAAAUAGUCCAAAACAACUGAUGUAGACAAGGCUAAUGUGAGGCUGCUAAUUAUGGGGUAGUAGUAAUGAACAGCGAAGAGCAAGUAAAGUGAAAAUUUUACUGACUUUUUUUUGCAUUACAUUAAUUGUUGUUAAAAACAACAAAACCCAUGAUUGAUACCCGGGCAUUUUAGUUAUGUGACUUCAUACACGGCCAAAAAUCAUUGCAGAGUUCCAUACCUCAUUGGUCAGUUUAUCUUAAAAAAACAAUACACGUUGCAAAAAGACGGCUUCUCAACAGCAGCUUGCUUUACACUUUGAAACCUUCGAAGGAAAAAAUGGAAUCUUGGUCUACAGUGGUCAACAUUUCUCAGUUAAGAUCUCUUUUUGUAAUUUUCAAAAUGCUGCAUUUAGAAAAAAAAUGUAUAGAAAUCUAAGAAGUUUUAUGAAAGACUGUAAUCCAUGAACUCUGCAAUAAUUAUGCAAUAAUUUUUGCAGCUGUCAUUGACAGAUUUAGAGUGAAAGGAUGGUUUGCAACUUCACGGCCCAGAGCAGUUUAAUAUUAAUCUAUUGUUUCAUUCUUGUUAAUUUGCUUCUGGCUUAGUCCACAGUAAAAUCUCAUCUGUUUGCAGCCAAGUUAAAACUGAGCACUUUUGGUCACUCUCGAAGGGAAUUUCGGUAGGAAUAAAGUGAGCCUUCAGGAUAUAAAAUCCAGCAGUUUUGCCCAAUUAUGAAAUCUCUUAAAUCGGCAUGAAGUUUUAAAGAGUGUUGCUGUUUUCUUUCCCAUCCAGUGUCUCGACUUCAUUGUGAAAGUGAAAGUUUUAAGAUGGACCUCAUACUUGAUGUAAAUACUCAGAUCUACCCAGUGGAUUAUGGUGAAAAAUUUCGACUU